AGAGAAGAAGCAGGACAAGAGGAGAGAAGCCAAAUAUGAGUAAUGAAGAUGACUUCGUAGGCUGACAUUCAACCCAGCGAGAAACACCAUCCAUGGGGAAGUUGCCUAUUCAGCUGACGCCUGUCCCUUCGGCUUUAUAGUAAAUGCAAUCAAAGACGCAGUUUCUUCUUGAUGCAUACAAAGGUCCUGCUUUUGAACUGCACCCUCGUAACAGCUGUUUUUUAUCAUGCCAAACCAACAGAAGAAAAUCAUUUUUUGCAUGGCUGGGGUGUUAAACAUUGUGUGCGCUCUUGGAGUUGUGACGGCUCUGGGAACACCAUUGUGGAUUAAAGCCACCAUCCUUUGCAAAACAGGGGCUCUGCUCGUCAAUGCCUCAGGACAGGAGCUGGACAAGUUCAUGGGCAAGAUGCAGUACGGGCUUUUCCACGGAGAGGGUGUAAGGCAGUGUGGGUUAGGAGCAAGGCCUUUUCGGUUCUCAUGUAAAAAGCUCCAAGAAAGAGUCACUCUUUAUGAGGGCAAGGGAAAUCACAAGAAAGCUCAGACAAUCAUUUUCCCAGAUUUGCUCAAAGCGAUUCCAGUCAGCAUCCACGUCAAUGUCAUCCUCUUCUCCACGAUCCUUGCUGUUCUGAGCAUGGUGGAAACAGCCUUCUUCAUGUACAAUGCUUUUGGUAAACCCUUUGAAGCACUGCAUGGUCCUCUAGGAUUGUAUCUUUUGAGUUUCAUUUCAGGUUCCUGCGGCUGUCUUGUCAUGAUUUUGUUUGCCUCUGAAGUGAAAAUCCACCACCUCUCAGAAAAAAUUGCAAAUUAUAAAGAAGGGACUUACGCAUACAAAACACAAGAUGAAAAAUACACCGCCUCCUUCUGGGUUGUUUUCAUUUGCUUUUUUGUUCAUUUUCUGAAUGGACUUCUAAUACGACUUGCUGGGUUUCAGUUCCCUUUUGUAAAAUCUAAAGAUACAGAGACAGCAAAUGUAGCUGCAGAUUUAAUGUAUUGA